CAUGGCAUCAAAAGCCUUUUUCGUUGCACCAAUGCUUAUGUUGGGAAUUCUAAUUCUCUUUAUUUCUACUUUUGCGAGUGCAAGCAGAAGUAACAGCUAUGAAGAAGGCAUUCAGAAGCCUAACAGUGUUGUGGUGAAGGGUAGCGUAUUCUGUGACACCCAACUAUCAGAAACCGCCUACUUCUUACCAGGUGCCUUGGUUGCCGUGGAGUGUAGCAUCAAUAGCAACAGGAAAUGGAAGAGCACCAAUCAAAUGAUUUCAGUUGAAGGAGAAACUAAUGAAGAUGGAGAGUUCAGGGUGGAGCUUCCCAUUAUGUACAAUCUUAACCCUGGGAGAUCAUGCUCCGUUAGACUUCUCAGCAGCCCCCAUGAGUCAUGCAACAUCCCCUCAAUCAGUGAAUCAUCCCAACUCAUCCUCAUAACCUCAGAUUCUAGUGAAGUUCAGACCUAUUCUUCUACUCCAUUAUCAUACCGUGCAUCUGAGCAAGUCAUCAUUACGUCUAUCCCUCACCGUAGGGUCUUGCAACUUCCUAGCAUUCCCCCACUACCUAAGGUUUCCCUUCCUCCUCUUCCUAGCAUCCUUCCUCUACCCAAAUUAAGUGUUCCUCCACUCCCUAAUAUUCCAAAUGUUGUUGCCCCUCCUCUUCCUAAGUUAAGCUUUCCUCCUUUACCAAGUGUGCCUUCUCUUCCAAAAUUGAGUGUUCCUCCCCUUCCUAGUGUAUCCCCUCUUCCCAAACCAAGUGUGCCCCCUCUCCCUAAUACACCUCUACCAAAUUUGAGUGUUCCUCCUCUCAAUAUUCCUAAUCCUCCACCUGUACCAAAAAUCAGCUUCCCACCUCUUCCUCCUUUCACACAACCUCCACUUCCUUCCUUUAACUUUCCACCCUUUCCCUUUUUCACCCCACCUCCACCUUCUAAUUAAGAUGAGGUCAGCCCACUUUAUCAAACUAUUCUCAUUCCCAUGUGCACGUAUUUAUCAUACACUGAUGUGACUAGCACAUAGUUUAUAUGUUAUGUAUAUGCAUGCCUUGAUAUUUGCAUGAUGAUGCAAUUUUCCAUUUCACUUCACUUCUUGUUUGUUUGAGAAGAUUGAUCGCAUUCAUUGUAUUCCAUUUGUAUUUUUCAUGAUUCUAUGUGAUAUAUUAUUCUGGCA